AUGUCGGUGCCGCGGGACAAGCAGGGCUACUGGAAGCACUCGCAAUGGAGCUGGAUGCCGGGCAUGAAGAAGCAUCUCAUCUACGCGCCGCUGUUUGGGAAGCGCCACAACCGCGAGUUUCGCUUCUCGUCCGCCGUCAACGUCGGCACCCUGCCCUCGAGGCUGCACGCCACCCUGCUGUUCCUGUACCUCGCUAGCAACGCAGCGUACAUGUUCAUCCUCGACUGGACGCAGGCCAACUACUACUCCUUCUGCGCCGAGCUGCGAGGCCGCUCCGGCACGCUGGCCCUCGUCAACAUGGUGCCCCUGAUCAUCAUGGCCGGGCGCAACAACCCGCUCAUUGGCAUGCUGCAGAUCAGCUUCGACACGUACAACCUGCUGCACCGAUGGAUGGGCCGCAUCGUCGCCAUCGAGGUCAUCAUCCACACCAUCGCCUGGGCCAUUCCGAGCGUUGCCAACAGCGGCUGGGCGGGCGUCUGGAAGCUGCUGCUUCACAGCCCCUUUCUCGGCAUCGGAGGCCUGGGCACGGUCAGCCUGACACUCAUCUUCUUCCUGGCCGUCUCGCCCCUCCGCCACGCCUUUUACGAGACCUUCCUCAACCUGCACAUCCUGCUGGCGGCCGUGGCAUUCGCCUGCACUUGGGUCCACUGCGUGACGGCUAGCAUCCCCGGUGGCCUGCCGCAGCUGUCAUGGGUCAUCGCCAUCCUCUCGCUGUGGAUUGCCGACCGCCUGGCCCGAAUCGUCCGCCUUGCGUGGGUCAACUGGUCCGACAAGGGCUUUGCCGACGCCCUAUGCGAGCCCAUGCCCGGCGACGUCACCCGAGUCACCUUCCGCCUGCCGCGAUACAUCGACAUCAAGCCGGGCACCCACGCCUACCUCCGCUUCUGGAACGUCAAUGUGUGGGAGAGCCACCCCUUUUCCAUUGCCUGGGUCGAGCACGAGGUCCAGCACUCCCUGCCCACCUCCGAGAAGGACCACCUCACCGCCAUGGACCGCAGCAAUGCCUACACCCUGGUGUCGUUCCUCAUCGGCGCCCAGACGGGCAUGACGAGGAAGCUCUUCAACACGGUCAAAGGCUCGGAGCAGGGCAUCCGCAUGAAGGCGGCGCUUGAGGGCCCGUAUGCUGGCCACCACAGCCUCGACUCGUACGGCCACGCCGUGCUGUUCGCCGGCUCAACAGGCAUCACACACCAGAUCUCGUACAUCCGACAUCUGCUCAACGGCUACAACGAAGGCACCGUGGCGACGCGGCGAGUGACGCUUGUCUGGAUUAUCCGGGAGUAUGAAUCCCUCGAGUGGGUGCGCCCAUUCAUGGACCAGAUCCUGCGCAUCUCAAACCGCAAAGACAUUCUCCGCAUCCAGGUCUUUGUCACAAGACCGCAGAACCCGCGCGACAUUGCGAGCUCCAGCUCAACGGUCAAGAUGUUCCCUGGACGGCCGAACGUGCCGCUGCUGCUGGCCAAGGAGGUCCAGGAGCAGGUCGGGGCCAUGGUGGUCAGCGUCUGCGGGCCAGGUGCCCUGGCAGACGACGUGCGAGGCGCCGUGCGAGCGGUGCAGGGCCACACGGUUGUCGACUUCAUCGAGGAGAGCUUCACGUGGUGA